AUGGCUCUCGCCAAGACCGUGGCCACGCCCGGACAUGGGACGCAAGUGUCUCGUCUUUCCAUGUUCCGCCCGCGAUGCGGCAUCGCCUCCUGUCCACCACCUCAGGCGACUGUUUCCCGAGCCUUGCGCCCGCGAGCCGUCUUGCCUCCGAUUCCAGCGGACAACACGUUGGUGCAACUGACCAUGGAGAGCUGGAGCCUCGACACAUGGGCAAGGCCAGAUACCACCCUUCGGCGCGUCGUCUGGUCGGAUCCCGCAGCUUCUGGUUUGAAGACGCCAAGCGAGAAAUCGCCGACACAUGCCAGCAGACCCGACCUCGAACGCGCCGCCAUGGCUUCGCUUGCCGCGCCUCACAACCUGAAAAUGUGCCUCCCCUCCGUCAGUAGUGUCCCCGUCGCCGCCGCAUCGUCCUUUGAUCCCACGUCCCGCUCCGCGAGCCGCCCUCGCUUGCUUCUUUCCCCGAAUGAUCGCGGGCUGCAGACUCCCCGUUCCGGGGCCGCAUCUGCGGAAUGCGUCCUGGCACCAGACCAGCGACUGUUACUCCCCGAGCUCGUCCGGAACGUAUGCGACACGACACGCACCGAAUCCGUUGCAGAGGGCAAAAUGCCAAAGAGGCUCGCCUCGCCGUUGCUCAAGGGGAAGCGGCUCCACCAACAUCUUCAACAUUCGCGUACCAGAGCCCGGCAAAUUGUAUAUGACCUGACCACCCAACGCGAACCGGACCAACGGGGAUUCCACUACCCCGACCUACCGCCGCUAUCCACGGUGGUUUACCUGCUAAGCAUAGCGCGCAGCACACCGAGCCCCGACCCGCUGAGUCGGCUGCUCGACCUCCGAGCCGCCUGCCGAGUGCUGACCCUUUCCCACGAGAUCAGCCGCGUUGGCCAGCGGAAACGCCCCUAG